UAUGGUCCCUAGUUAGUAAGUCACAAACAUUGAGUAGGCCUAGCAUAAUAUCUCAGAAAUUGUUGUGAAAAUGUUACCGGCGACAAGGGCAAACAUUAUUCUUCUGUUGUUAAAACGAAAUAUUAGUACAAGUACAUGCCUUUGCGGAGCUAAAACACGAAAGCCUUGGGACGAACGGUUUCCUGUAAGAAAAGAAGAUGUUUCACCUGAUAAAAGGGGAGGCAGUAGAAAAAUGGCACAAGUUUUACCAGAAAACAUUGUGGCUCCAACAGGCGUAUACCAUAGAGUAACCAAAAAGUAUAUACAUGUGCCAGAAAUGGUGCCAGAGUUUGUUGUGCCAGACCUUACUGGGUUUGAGCUUAAGCCUUAUGUGUCAUACAAAGCUAAAGAGAUUACUCAGUUACCUUUAUCACCCCAAGACAUUUUCAAUACUGUUUAUGCUGAAGAAAUAAAAAGUAGCUUUGAAAAGGGCGAGCUCAAAAUAGAUGACAAUAACAUUGUAUUAGCUGAUGGAAAGAAAAUAAGCAUUGACCAAUAAAAAACAAAA